AAAUGACCUGUGACACCUAUAUACAACUGUCAAUCCGGACAAAUAAGAAAAGACGGGAAAACAAACUUUGAAAGUAUAACUAAAAAUAUUUUUUCAGCCGAUUUUUUAAAAUCCAUUGUGUUUAAUUCCGACCAUUGUUUUCUCGUUUUGAGCUGACAAAGUUUAUUACUUGGGGACCAUACAAUGCUUUUCAUGAAAUGGCACUAGCGUGUCACAUUGAAGAUCCCAUUAUCAUCGCCAUAUAAACUUAUCUGUGGAUGUUUCUAAAUUCAAAAUUUUACCACUAAUUGUUUAACAUGUUUAAAUGUUGACUACUGAUUUAGCCAGUGCAAGGGGACAUGGGCUGUAGUUUGCACUUCCUAUAUCCAUUAAAAAGCUCAAUUAUACGGAGCCUGCAACAUUUUCAAUUUUGCUGUUUUGGAUUUUCUUUAGGGAUUUUAUUUUCUCUUUAUUUUCUCUUAUACUUUUGAGUUACUAAUCGGAUGAAAAUCUACGUUUCGCCUGGGAUUUAUUGGCAGCAUAUGAUUAACUUGACAGAAUCUUUUCAACAUCUAGAAUAAUGGUUGAUUGAGCAUCAAAAGGAAAUAUAAGACAUGCAGAGAAAAUAUCAAUACGAAAUUUCUUACUAGUACAAACUACUUUGAUACAAAUUUCAGGAAAUACUAUCUUUUGUUUGAGUGUAAAUUACUGUAUAGAUCAAACGUAUUGUCCUCCUUCAUUUACAUGUGCUUUAGGUUUAAAAUAUCAUAAAAUGUUUAUAGGAAUAAAAACAUAUGUGUGUGUUGUAAUUCAAAUGCUUAUUAUUGCAUAUAUGAUAUAUAUAAUUAAAAAUAAUGAUUCUGUUUUCCCCAAAGGUGAUCUUUCUCGGUCAUCGUUAUUCAGGGGCAGUAUUGGAAAUGUAACAGCUUUACUGAAGGAGACAGGCAAAUUAUCAAAUCACUGGAUUGCGGACACAAAAUCAAUCCCAUUCAGGCAGCGCAUAUCAUCAGCAAACUUGUCAGAUCUUGAUUUAAACAAAACAAAAAUAAGUCUAAAAUUUCAGAAACAGGAUAUGACCAUGAAAAAACGAUUAACAUUGAUACGCGAAAAAUGUUUAUAUUAUAUGAAUGACAGAUAUUGGCAAAAGUUUCGGCAGAGUGGAACAGUUUUUGCCUACGAAAAAAAGCAUAUAUAUUUUUGCAUGGUACCAAAAGCCGGGAAUACAUUCUGGAAACGUAUCAUGAUAUAUAUAGGGAAAGAAUACCCUGAAAACAUGAAUAUCAAACAACCCUCUGACAUCGAUAGACACUAUGUCCAUGAAAGUAAAUUCAACAAUCUUCAAACAUGGAGUGUACAAAAUCCUAUUACUAGAAUGUUGAUGUCAAAAGGAAAAUCGUUUAUGUUUGCGCGUGAUCCAUUUUCAAGAUUAUGGUCAGCGUAUAUUGACAAGUUUCUUCUUCCAGAUUUUUGGAAAGCAGACGCUGUGAGUGUUGUGAUGAGACUAAGACCAAAUGCGACACGCUAUGAAAAAAAAUGUGUGAAUGAUGUAACAUUUUCUGAAUUUCUUAAAUUUAUUAGUUUGACAUAUGUCAGAAGUAUGAAUAUCCAUUGGGAAAGAUUGCAUCGUGUGUGUAGCCCAUGUCAUGAACAAUUUGAUGUCAUCGGUAAAUUAGAGUCAUUUGCCUCGGAUGUCGACUAUAUCUUGACAAAGUUUAAUUUAGAUUUCCUAAAACAAAAUAUAUCGGAAUAUAAUAAGGUUCAGGUUGAAAUAACAACACUAAUUAAAUACAAUUUUGAUUUAGAAAUAAAAAUUGGGCAACGAUGUUUCGACAAAAUUGACGUUGCUAUGAGACUGUGGUUAGCUUUUCAAUUCAAUGGUUAUAUUGAUAGACAAACCGUUUUUCCGAAAACCUCUUUGUUAAAGACAAGAUUUUAUGAUAACUCAACAAAGAUUUUUCAAGAACUUGUCUUGAGGACAAUAGAAGACCAAAAUAUAUUGGGAAUUGAUAUAUCUGGACAAAAACGAACAAUGAUGCAAGAGGCAUAUAGGAAUAUACCGAAAAAUUUACUAACAGACAUACUUUCAAUUUAUGAAUAUGAUUUUGAAUUAUUUGGAUAUAAAAACACUUUGUUUGACGAUUAGAAAUAUGUGCUUUAAUAUGAUGAUUAAUCUCCUAUAAACACUUAUGCUUAUUUCAAAUCUCAAUUCUAGAUAGUACAAUUAAUAUGAUAUAAUACAAGUAUCCAUUAUAGCAGAAUUCUUUUCGUAAAAUUGAUCAGUUUGUAAUCAUUUUUCAUUUUGUAUUGUAAAAUAAAAUGAAGGACAAGUGUUAUUUUUAUCUAUAAAACAUUAUAA